UCCUCCUGACACCGCUGUCAACCAUACGACAUGGCGUCCGGGUACAUACUGAACCGCGGUGCGCUGACAUUAGGCAUACACUGUCAGCGUGUGUGCAGGAACAUAUCGCUGUCACAGGUCAGAGAGAAAAAGCGAUGGAUGAAGGCGUACACGUACCUCAUGGCGAGGAAGUUAAAGCUUGAAGGAGCUCCGCCACCGAAGCCACGCUCUCAACAGCCUCACUGGGAUUACCAUGCCGAGGUUCAAGCUUUCAGCAUCCGCCUCCAUGAGAACUUCUCCCUGGACCUCCUGAAAACAGCCUUCAUCAACCCCUGUUACCUGCGGACGGAACAAGAGAGGAGACAGGGGUUAGGUGUGGACGCUGAGGCCACCCCUCUUGCUCUGAAAGAUAAUAUACAGCUGAGUAAAAAUGGAGAGGGUUUCACUAAAAACUUCCUGAGCGACUGGUGCAGGGCCAGCUUCCCAAGCCUGCCGAGUGAGGGGGUGGAGAGUAUCGUAGGGCACCUCACCACUUCAGCAUUUGUGGCCCAUGUAGCCAGAAAUCUCGGCAUUGAGGAUCUGACCAUGAGUGCUGAAUGCCCUGUUCCCGACGAUGUGCUUUAUUCUACAUUUAUGGCGGUGAUUGGAGCUCUGCAGGAGAGCAGUGGAGCAGAGCGAACUGGAUUUUUCCUCAGGGAUUUCCUGGUCACUCAGCUGAUAGGGAAGGACCUGUUUGAUAUGUGGACAGUUGUCAAUCCCAUGGGACUACUGGUGGAGGAGCUUACUAAAAGGAACGUUCCUCUGCCAGAGCCUCGCCUCAUCAGGUCUGCUGGAGCCAGUACCGUCCUGCCACUAUACUUUGUUGGCUUAUACAGCGACAAGAAGCUUUUGGCUCAGGGUCCAGGAGAGACGCUUAUAGCAGCCGAGGAAGAGGCAGCUCGCGUGGCCCUGCGGAAACUCUACGGCUACACCGAGAACCGCAGACCCUUUGACUUCUCUCCACCGCAGCAGCACCAGCAGCCAUUAAUUCAAUCAGUCAGCAGGAAUUAAUGAAGUGACCACUGGUUCCAUAUCUUACCAUGGCACAAAAUGGCCCUGAUAUCUGUUGUUCUUGUAAAUAACACAAUCACCAUUUGGUUUCUUUGAUAUUCUGUUAUUCAUCUGCAAUAAAAGUAAUGUAUGUGUACAUCAG